GCAAAGAUCCAAUAGUACUCAUGGUUUCAUUUUAUUUUUUGAUUGUCCCUCUCACAUCUGUCAUACUUCAGUUGCAGGGAGGUUUGUCUGUAAUAUUCCCAGAAGCUGUGCAUGUUGUGGAAGGAGGUGAUGUUUUGCUAAAAUUGCUAAGGAGCAAUCCAAACCAAAGAUCAUGUCUUCUUAAAACACCAAACACAUCAGUUAUUUAUCCACUUAUAUCAGAGUUUGCUCAUCAUCAAAAUGAAUAUCAAAAGAUAAAAUAUUUUGGUGGUAAUAUACAUACAGAUUGUGGUGUCCGGAUUAAUAAUGUAACUGCUGAAGAUGUAGGGUACUGGCGACUUACUUCAAUAUCACAUAUUUAUGAGAAGGUUGAGGGUGAUUCGAAAAUAUCAUUAAGUGCUAGUUCUUCUUCAGCAGUCAAGAUUUUGAUUGGUACUAAGCCUGUUUUAAACUUUGGUGAUCUCCAGCAUUGUACUUCAUAUUACAUGACUAAUAAGUACAAGAAAAUUAAUGCAGGUGUUAAAAAUGCUUCUUGUACUAACAGUGAUGAACUUGAUUCUGGAUGGACAACUCAUAAUUCUUUAGGUGGAAGUUUAACACUAUUUUGCAAUUUGAAACGCAAGGAGAGACUAGCAUCUUGCUACUUUAUUCGUCUAUAUGAUCAGGCAACAUUCAGCGUGGUUGAUGGGACUGGCAAUGGCCAAUACAGUUAUUUUGGAGAUGGACUUUGUUCUGGUCAUUGUGGUAUAACUAUUGAUUCUCCUCAGGAGAAGGAUUACGGCAGAUGGCAGUGCAUUGUUUUAACUGCUCACAGAAGAAAACCUCUCUCUUCUUUUAUCUCCAUUUCUUCAGAUAUGGGAGAUGUUGCUGCAGCUGAAAAAAUUCAAGUAUGGGAUGUUGGUAACACUGUUGUACUCUUGGGGCAACCACUGACAUUGAAAUGCCGUGUAGAGACACCAAUAAGCGAAUGUUCACUGGUUCAUCCAAAUGGUUCAACAAUUGUGCUUGACUCAAAAGAAGGGAUUUACAACAGUACAGAAAUGUGGAAAUAUGAUGGUUUGUGGAAAUAUGAUGGUUUUAGUAUUGAUGCAGGUGACUGUGGAGGGACACUGUUUGCUGCAACUGAGGAAGAAUCUGGAAUCUGGAAAUGUCAAAUGAAGACAUUGAGGCCAACUAACACGAUUUAUGCAUCACAGAUUCAAGUGAAAGUGACAAAAAUCCCUUUAACUGCAGUAAAUGAAGUGGUUGUGUCACAUGUUGGUGACAGUAUAACAAUAGGAUGUCAGAUGGUAUCACCUAUGUAUGUUAUGGAAUACUGUUCAUUUAAGCGACCUGAUGGAACUGUAUUUGGACCUCUUGGAAAUGCAACAUCCUAUGUGCACAUUAUGGAAGCUGGUCUCUGUGAAUUGAGUAUCAAGAGUGUGGAAAUGAGGGAUCUUGGAGAAUGGACAUGUACAGUAAAGAUAAAACGUGAAGAAGAUGAAAUAUCAACCACUACCAUCAUUCAGUUUUCAGGUAUGACAUAGCAGCAGCAGCCACCCACUCACCACUUUCAGACAAGAAGACAAGUAAUUGGAUAUGACAUUUCUUGAUGUAUGGGAAAAAAGACCAUUUAGUAUUCAUCUUAAGAAGAAUUUCAGGUGGAAUGAAAUAACAUCCUUCAUCACAACUACAGUGAAUCAUCAUGGCAGCUUCUAAAUGGAUUCACAUCGGUUUCAGACUAGCUGGCAUACAAGGAAGGCUGUACUUUAGAAUUCAGUUUUGUACCUGUGUUACAGAAUUUUAAUGGUGACAAUAAAUUGGGAUUAACACUGGCAGGGCAACAAAUUUGUCAUUUGAUUUGAUUGUGAAGUACCCAUAAUAUUACCCAGCAUGUCAACUAUGAAUGUGAUACCAAAGACCCAACACAUUCUUUAGUCUCAAUGAAAAUAAUAUAAAGAGUUGUUUUCUGUUGGAGGUGAUAAUUCUUAUGAAUCAUAAUGGCAUGAGUAACUUGGAAGUGAUAACUGAAAAGAAAGUGCUGAGUAUUGAUAUCUAUGUACUGAUUCUAUUUUGGCAAUGGAUAUUCCAAUACUCAAUUUCUUUCAUAUAGCUGAAUCCAAAGUUGAUUUAUUAAAGUAUGUAUUAUAUUGUUCUUGCUGAGCUGUGUUGCUUUAAGCAGUUAUCAAAAGAAUGUAUAAAGUAAACAGAAAACUUUUUCUGUGUUAAGCAGAUCAAACAGUACAUUAAUUGUGAUGUCUUACUAUUUGUAAUUUUUUAUUAGAAAAUUUGGAUAUGAAAUGAACAAAUGAAUAAAACCAAAUUAAGAGCUUCAAGCCAAAAUUAAGUAAAAGUCUUAAUUGA